GGUGGGGGUGGGGGUGGGGGUGGGGCCUUGCGCAGCCGCCCCGCCCCGCGAUGCGUGUGUGAAGGUCGGGGUGGCAGUGACGCGGCGCCGGCGGGGGGAGGGAGGCUGGGCCGGUGGGAGAGGGAGGCGAGCCGACCACUGGGCUGCUGGGCUCCCGCGCCCUCGCGCUCCCCGCCGCCAGCCCAGGCGCAGGCAGGGCGCAGGCGGCGGCGGGCGGCAUGGAGAGCCUGCUGGAGAAUCCGGUGCGCGCCGUGCUCUACCUCAAGGAGCUCACGGCCAUCGUGCAGAACCAGCAGAGCCUCAUCCACACCCAGCGAGAGCGUAUCGACGAGCUGGAGCGGCGGCUGGACGAGCUGAGCGCUGAGAACCGCAGCCUGUGGGAGCACCAGCAGCUGCUACAAGCCCAGCCUCCGCCCGGGCUCGUCCCCCCCGUCAUCGGCCCCGCUGCCGGCCGCUCCGGCCACCGCUCCUGCCGCCGCCAGGGCCUAGGAACCUCUCCAGGACCACAGGGACAGCGCUCAGCAGCCGCGCCACAUCCCGCGCCCGAUCAGCCGCCGCUUCAGCACCACGGACAGCUCCUGGAGCAGUCCCAGCGGGGCCCUGGCAGCAGGGCUCACACACCCCAGUCGCCCCACAAGCAUCUGGGGACACAAGGGGCCGUGACUGACAAGGAGAAGGAGCGUCCCCCGAGUUGCUGCGCUGCUGCCGGAGCCCUCCUUCAGCACAAAUCCCCCUCCGCCCUCGGCAAGGGCGUCCUGAGCAGGAGACCUGAGUGUCCUGGGAGCUUGGCGCAUAUGGAAGACAUCAGUUGGACUCCUUUGCUGGCUUCCAGUCCUGCUCCUGUUCAUCUCAUGAUGCUCAGAGGGAUGUGGGAAGCAAGGCAUCCUUACUUGGCCUCAAACGACCUUCAAAUUCUCCUGCUCCUGCCGUGACCAUGACCACCGCCUCCUGCUUUCCAGAACAUCCUCCGACUCCAGCCUUUGUGUGGCUGCUCACAUCCCUCCUCCCACCAGAAGCAGUGGUUGCUGUCCUCACCUCCUGCUGGAAUUGUACUCAGCCUGCCGGGGGAGAUGCUCAAAAUAUCACGAUACCAUGGAUACUGAGCAAACACAAAGCAGCUUGGAGCAGGAGUGGGGUUUAAAGCCUGAAGGCUCCCAAGCUGUGCCUGGUGUUCACCCUUUAGUUGCUAGACAGUGGAAAGGUAGGGGGAGCCCCAGAGGAGGGGCCUUUGUAGUGAGGAGGGACUCUGGACAGCAAAUAUUUUCCGAUUCUGUCGAUUCGUGUGGCCGUGAAAAAUCAUUUAAUACCUCCGUUGCUAAGUGGCUUAGACUAGCAUCUGAUGAUCUUCAAGGGCCUUUCACGCUCUACAAUUUGAUCUUCUUCAAUACAUGUCAAAUUUGAUUUGCUGAUAUAGCUCAUUGCCAACCAUCUAUCUCUUGAGGCUGAGUUUUCCUCAAGAGGAAAAGGUUUCCCUUCAUGACUAAAACGUUCCAAACCUGUAUUCAUAGAAUUAUGCCACUUUUAUAGAUUUGUAGCCUUUCUAAAUUCAAAGGCUGUUCUCAGAAAUGGUACUUGUGAGCACCCCAUAUAAAGGGAGAAGGGAAGGGGUGGGCACAGUGAAAGGUGGAAAUUCACCAAAUCAGCUGCGGCUGAGAAGCAGGAGCACAGUCAUAUGGUCCUUCCACUUGGCAUACGGCACCUGCAUCACUCCCUACAUAUGGCCCCUUUGGAAGCGACACUUCAUAAACCAAGAGCUCCAGAACUGCCCAAGACAGGCCAAUCAUAUUCUUUGCCCUAAAUAACCAAAGUUGUUCAUCUGGAAACACAUAUAAGUAUGUAUGUUUGAAAUAACUUCACAGCAGUACAGAAAGGUAAGGAUGCUUGUUUUCACGGAGAGGAAGAGUCAGCUGAGGCAGUUCUAAGCAUGGCUUCCUCUAAGUUCCCAAAGCAAGUUUUACAAACUCAGAGUAUACUUCAUGACACGGAAAUCACUUACGUGUGGGUCCCUCUUUCCCAUGAACUUAUAAAGCAUCACCGAGUUAAGAGUGGGGCAGGUUGUUAUUUCUGUAACCCCAGUUACUAGCACAAUGCCUAGAACAUAGGAGGUUCUCAAAAAAUGUUGGUUGAAUGAAUUAAAAAGACCCCUUAAUGCUUGGAGAUAGAGAAUGUGCACAGGGCUUGUGAAGCCCUGUUACCUGGAGAGCUACCUGGGCUGAGGGACAGUAUGAAGGAGGAGACUUAAGAGGGGAAAUUAAAAGUGAUUAAUUACCAAUGCAUUGAUGCACUCAGCCUCUCCAUUUCAUGAAAAUCUAACAACUUUUAGGAGGCUGUCCAUCUCCUUUUAAAUAAAUACUGUUUGAAGCAUUGGAAUUGCCUCAAUUUAAUGUUACGAGAAAAAGUUAUUAGACUCUCAUAAUUGUAAGAUGUUUUCCAGGGAAAAGAUUCAAAUAGAACCUGAUAC